AACGGACGGAAGCCGCGAAUUCCAGCCGGCGGCGGGAUGGAGGCGGCGGCGGAGCCUGGGAACCUGGCCGGCGUCCAGCACAUCAUCCUCAUCCUCUCAGGAAAGGGAGGCGUCGGAAAAAGCACCGUCUGCACCGAGCUGGCCCUGGCUCUGCGCCACGCAGGCAAGAAGGUGGGGAUCCUGGACGUGGACCUGUGUGGCCCCAGCAUCCCCCGCAUGCUCCGGGCGCAGGGCAAGGCCGUGCACCAGUGCAACGGCGGCUGGGUGCCCGUCUUCGCGGACCAGGAGCAGAGCAUCUCCCUCAUGUCCGUGGGCUUCCUGCUGGAGCAGCCGGACGAGGCCGUGGUGUGGAGAGGCCCCAAGAAGAACGCACUGAUCAAGCAAUUUGUGUCCGAUGUGGCCUGGGGACAGCUGGACUACUUGGUCGUGGACACACCCCCAGGGACCUCUGAUGAACACAUGGCCGCCGUGGAAGCCCUGCGUCCCUACAGGCCCCUGGGGGCCCUUGUGGUCACCACACCUCAGGCGGUGUCCGUGGGGGACGUGAGGCGGGAGCUGACCUUCUGCAGGAAGACUGGCUUGCGGGUGAUGGGGGUCGUGGAGAACAUGAGCGGCUUCACCUGCCCACACUGUGCAGAGUGCACCAGCGUCUUCUCCAGGGGCGGCGGGGAGGAGCUGGCCAGGCUCGCCGGGGUCCCCUUCUUAGGCUCUGUGCCCCUGGACCCUGCGCUCACAAGGAGCCUCGAGGAGGGCCGCGACUUCAUCCAGGAGUUCCCCAACAGCCCUGCGUUUCCUGCACUCGCCGCCAUAGCCCAGAAGAUUCUGGACGCGACGCCUGCUCAGGCCUCCUGACAGAGGAGCUGCCUCGUCAUAGGCCCCGAGAGGAAUCCCUGGGGCAGAGGGCCCGGGGACCGUGUUUCCUCCACGUCAGCUCAUCUCUGGCUGAGCCUGACAGCGCUUCCUCCCGGCGGUUGGUGGUGGUUGCAAGGACAGCUCGGGCCCCGGUGCCUUGUGGCUGUGAGCCCGUGUUCUGGGACCCCACGCCACGGCUGCUUCCCAGCGCUCGUCACUUUCCCACGCUGCAUCCCUGCGCCAGAGGGACAGGCUGCUCCUGGCAGCUGAGUGUCCCCCACGGUUCACCAAGCUCUCGGGACUUCCACGGCCCUCAGCUGACCCUGGGCUGCCCACACCCUGAGGGUCCGUGAGCGAUCUGCACUCACGGGAGGAGCGGGAGCUCUGUGGGUAAAAUAACCUCAGACGUGUCACAUGACUUGGAGGAACCCACCAUUAAACGGGU